UCGAAAAUCCCGGAAGCGAAAAGACAGUCCCCUCUGCUAGCCUAAUUCGUCUUGAUCCAGUUUACCACAGCGUUAAAGCUAUUUGGGGCUUAAAAUCUAUAUAUAACAAAAUCAAUCGUCAGAGCAGUUUUUGCUAAAAAGGUGACUAGUGACGCGAACAUGAGCGACACCGAGAAAGAGUUCAGGGAUAAGGAGCCACAGCCUGGCUCGGGGAGUUCCUCCCCUCAGCGAUCGGCAAAAUCUGCCAGCCGCUCGCCGGCACGCUCCAAGGAUGGUUCCCAGCAUUCCAGGUCCAGGUCUCGCUCACGCUCCAGAUCCAAAUCCAAAUCUAGGUCCCGUUCCCACCGGAGCUCACGUAGGAACUAUUCCCGCUCUCGUUCCCGCUCUCGCCGUCGCCGAUCCCGAAGCCGCUCUGGCAGCCGGCGAAGGAGCCACAGCCGCUCGCCCAUGUCCAACCGCCGCAGGCACAUUGGCAAUAGGGCCAACCCUGACCCAAACACAUGCCUGGGCGUGUUUGGCCUGAGCCUGUACACCACUGAGCGGGACCUGCGGGAAGUGUUCUCAAAGUAUGGCCCCCUGGCGGACGUCAACAUAGUGUACGACCAGCAGUCGCGGCGCUCCAGGGGCUUCGCUUUCGUCUACUUUGAGAACUACGAGGACUCCAAGGAGGCCAAGGAGCACGCUAACGGAAUGGAACUGGACGGCCGACGAAUCCGCGUGGAUUUCUCCAUUACCAAACGAGCGCACACCCCCACUCCUGGCAUCUACAUGGGACGGCCCACAUACGGUGGAGGUGGUGGCGGUGGUGGCGGCGGUGGAGGCGGCGGAGGGGGAGGCGGCGGCUCAAGGCGCAUGUCAAGGGACUACGACCGAGGCUACGAUCGUGGUUAUGAUCGUGGUUACGAUCGGGACUACGAUCGCUAUGACGACCGAGAGUACCGAUCAUACAGACGAAGAUCUCCAUCGCCGUACUACAGCAGAGGGUACCGCUCUCGAUCCAGAUCACGAUCCUACUCCCCACGUCACUACUGAGCAGUGAAGUCGUCCAUGAUUUUUUAUUUUUAUUUUUGGAUGUUUUGACCAGACCAGUGAUAGAAGUUUACCUUACAAAUUUCAAGGAUAACGUGCACAACGUUCCUGAUGUUGAAAGUUGUUUUGUCUGCUGAAAUCUGGACACUCUUUUGUUUUAUUUUGAACACAGAACCAAAAAAGGUGAUGUUUAAAAGAAUGGCUUUUUUGUUUUGUAGUAGAAACGUAUGUUUGGAGUGUGGAUUUUUUUUUUUUUUUUUUAAACAAUACACAAAGUAAUUUUGUCCACUUUGUUUGCAGUAGGUUUGAAUGCAUCUGCUAAUGUUCAGUUCAUCUUCUGUCAUAAUACCUGUCCAUGUUAUUCUUAGUAUGACAGCCAUUGUAGUCUUUCUUUUUUUUCAUUAUAAAGACUCAAUUCGUAGAGCAAGUUCUUAAUGAGGAUGUUAGACAUGGUAAGCUUUCAUUACGUUUUCUCAAUGUUCAGAAAUAGAAGUACCCACCACAGUAUAUAAAUGGCUUGUGUCCCUUCUGCAGUUUGUCAUAUUACACGGUAUACAGGAGGUAGAAUUUGUAUGCGUCAUACGUUUGUCAUGUGGAUUUUCAAAUAAAAGCUGAAACCAUU